GAACUCGGGGGAGGUCGCACGUCUGUUUGAAAGAUAGAUGGUGGUAAGUUCAACAGGGUCAAUGACGGGGCGACAACGGCAGGACACCACGUUCCAGACCGGGUCAGCACCGAUGGAUAGGAAAACAAACAAUGCGAGGUUUCGCUGGGAGGAGAACCGACGAUCGCAGGAGAGAACUUCCAACGGACAAGGAAAGGAGAAGGGUCAGCGAUGCGAGCUUGAGCCGAGAGAAUUGGGGGGUGGUGGUGGUGUGGAGGGACUGGGACGGUGGUCACUGGUUCACUGGCCGGUCGCUGGUCACUGAGUGGUCACCGGUGCGCGUUUCUCUCCUCGCUGCUGGUGAGUUGAGGUCGGGGAAAGCCACCGCCGCCGCCGGAACUGUCGUUGGCUCCCUAGGCGCCCACGCGGCCUUAACCGCUUUUAGCGCUGGAGGGUGAAAGAGAAGUGGUGGGCUGGCCAUUGACUUUUCCCAA